AUGACAUUGACUUUACGGGCAGCCAUGGCCUUCACAGGGCAGGAGCUACCACCAAUAGAGGUUUCUGGCGGAGAUUCCUUGCGACAACUGCGGGUGAAAGUAGCCGAGGCAUGUGGUGUCGCGCCCCAUUUGGUGAACUUGCUUCGCGAGUCAUGGCCACUCAAGGAGCAGGGGAUUGUCGGAGAAGAACUGGACGAUGGCUGCAUGGUGCAAGUGGCUUUAGCUGUUCCUGGCAAAGAGAUCAUUACUGCCAGCCAGGAUGGAAGCGCACGAGUUUGGAACGCUGAUACCGGUCAUUGCAUGUUUCAUCUGACACCGCCAAGCACCUCCGGAGCUGUGCAUUCAGUGCUCCUCUCUCGGUGCGGAAAGGUUGCGGUCACUGGCAGCGCUGAUGGAUCCAUUCGUAGCUGGUGCCUGGAGGACGGUAGCUCUAAACUACUGGAGGGGCAUUCAAGAGCUGUGGCGCAGAUGCGUUUGUCACCAGACGGCUCAAAGCUGCUGUCAGCCUCUGACGAUUCCACCGUGAGGUGCUGGCACUUGCAGGACGGCCGUUGCUUGUUGGCCUUGGAGCAUCCAGAUGCCUUUGAGCGCGGCGUGCGCUCAGUGGCUUUCGCGCCGGAUGGGAGGUGCUUCGUCGCUGCAGGAGCCAACGGCGUUGUAGUGCAAUACAGCACAGAGACUGGGGAGAUAUUGGCAAGCUUGCAUGGGCACAGUGCAGCUGUGCACACCGUUGUCUUUGCUGCAGAGGGGCGCAGAAUCUUGUCUGCUUCUGACGAUCGAACAGCACGGAUAUGGCACACGGCUCCUGGGAGGCCCUGCAUGAUCCUGGGGGAUCCAGGAAGAUGUCUGUGUCUUCUGUGCGAUCUGCGGGAAAGGGAUGAAGGUGACGGGAGCGGCCCGGCCUUUGCGGCAGCGUUUUCGCCUGAAGGGGAACAGGCCUUAGUGGCGCACUUUGCUCGCUGUGCUCGCCUGUACUGUGCAAGCUCUGGCUACUGUCAUCAUGUCUUUCAUCACAAAGACGCGGUCCUGGCGGUUGACUUCUCCCCGGAUGGACUAUUGGCACUCACUGCUUCAGAUGAUACGACCUGCGCGCUUUGGCGAGUCUCAGAUGGCCAACUAGUUUUCCAGUUGAUGGGCCACAACGCUGGGGUGAACACGGCAUGCUUCUUGCCCGAUGGAACCCAGGUCCUGUCUGCCUCAGAUGAUCGAGAGGCCCGUUUGUGGAGCAUCUCGGGCAACUGCCUUCAAGUCUUUUCUGGGCACCAAAAACGCUUGCAUAGUGCAGACUUUUGCCGCUGAGCACCGCGGUAAAA